AUUAGGAGAAGAAAAGAUCAUUCAAGCCGUCAGUGAAGGAAUAUUUUUUGGCACCCAUCAGUCAAUAAAAUUUAAGAAAAAGGAAGAUAAAAAAAAGAACAGUGAUUAUUAUUUGAUAACUAAAAAUAAGCAAGCCCAAACCAUUUUGGAUAAUUCUCUCAUUAAGUUAGAAGCCGUUAAUUGGACCCGGGAUUUACAAGAUACCCCUCCUAAUAAACUACAUGCUAAGGAAUUUGCUGAUCAAGUUAAGCAUAAAUUUAGCAAGUUCAAAAAUAUUGAAGCAGAAAUCUUAGAUAAAAAACAAAUUGAAAAGAACAAAAUGGGUUUAUUAUUAGCUGUCAAUGCUGGUA